UAGGUGUGCGUGAAGAGUACGUGUCCGAUAUCAAAUAGGACUUUGUUGCAAGUUUUGUUUAUAAAUAUCGAUACUUAAUUAAUUUACCAUGAAGUAUUACUUAACGACACUGUUGAUAGUUAUAAGUUUAACCAUCCGUAGCGAAUCAACGCUAUUCGAAAGUGAUUCGUGUUAUUCCUUCGGAAGCGGUAAUGUUUUUCCCGGCGGUGCCAGGAAAAUAGAUCAUAAAUUACAAGUUACAAAAGCCGUAAUUUCAAAACCAGCACCCGAGUGGGAGGCGACGGCAGUCGUUAAUGGAGAAUUUACACAGCUAUCUUUGUCGAGUUUCAAAGGAAAAUACCUCGUCUUCUUCUUCUACCCCCUAGACUUCACUUUUGUUUGUCCUACGGAAAUAUUGGCGUUUUCUGAACGGAUCGAUGAGUUCAAGAAAAUCAAUACCGAAGUGGUGGCGUGUUCAGUCGACUCUCAUUUCACUCAUUUGGCAUGGAUUAAUACUCCAAGAAAAGAGGGUGGUCUAGGAAAAAUCAACAUUCCUCUACUUAGCGAUCUCAGCCAUUCCAUUGCUAAAGAUUAUGGUGUAUAUUUAGAAGAUCUGGGCCAUACUUUGAGAGGCUUGUUCAUUAUUGAUGAUAAAGGCAUAUUGAGGCAGAUUACUAUGAACGAUUUACCAGUAGGCCGAUCUGUUGAUGAGACCUUAAGAUUAGUUCAAGCAUUCCAAUAUACAGACAACCAUGGCGAAGUGUGUCCAGCUGGAUGGAAACCAGGACAAGACACGAUCAUUCCUAACCCAGAUGAGAAAAAAAAGUACUUCGAAAAGAUGGCGAAAAAUUGAAAACUUCUGUUGAUAAGCAGCUUACUGAAAACCACGUUAAUAAUUAGCGUGGUAUAUUUUUUAUAAUUAUCUUACUGUAAAUUAUCUAAUUAAUAGAUUUCUGAUAAGAAAGAUAACAAUAGCCUUUCGGGUAA